AUUAUUUUAAAAAUCCUCUUUAAGUAGUUCUGCAUCUGAGUUGGCAUUUGCCUGUGCUUUGCUAGAUUUGUGCUGUUAUGCAAAAAGAAACAUCCUUUCCUCAAGAAUGUGUCUUGUAAUUUGCCUUCAUUUCAAAUGUUGGUGUCUCUCUUUCUCAGUCUUGGAGCAUAUUUAAUCAAAAAGGUGCAAUCUUUCUUCCUCUGUUGCAAUUAUUGAAUUUCUAUAUCUUGUGUAAGAUUAAAUGAUGAAUUCUUGGAGUUUGUUUAUAUUGGUGUUGGGAUUUUUGUGUGUGUCUGGGUUUAAUCCAUCAGAUAAUUACUUAAUAGACUGUGGAUCCACUAAAGAUACUAAUGUUGGUAAUAGGGUUUUUGUCUCUGAUAAAUCAGCUUCAAAAUUUCUUUCAACUGCUCAAAAUAUAUUAGCUGAUACCCCUUCAAACUCAAUUACAAAGGCUAAUGAUUCACCUCUAUAUCAAACAGCUAGAAUCUUUACUUCAACAUCCAGCUAUAAAUUCCCCAUUACUAAAACUGGAAGGCACUGGAUCCGUCUUUACUUUUACCCAUUUGAGUACAAAACUUAUGAUUUGAGCUCAGCAACUUUCUCUGUUUCCACACAACAGAUUGUUCUCCUUGGCAAUUUUAGUCCUAAAUAUGUUUCCUUUAAAGAAUUUUCUUUGAAUGUAACGACGAGUGAUCUUGAAAUCAUAUUCUCUCCUUUGGCUGAUUCAAUUGCCUAUAUAAAUGCCUUGGAAAUUGUCUCUGUACCCGAUAGCCUUAUAACUGAUGACGCAUCCACCUUUGAUCCACCCGGGGUAUUCAAUGAUAUGUAUGCACAGGCUUUAGAAACAGUUGCUAGAGUUAACAUGGGCGGGCCCGCUGUGUCGUUUGAAAACGAUACGCUAUGGCGAAGUUGGGUUCCUGAUAAAAGUUACUUAAUACAGCCAGAUUUCGCCAAGUCCUUGUCAAAGAUUGGAUCUGUAAAGUACACUCCCGGUGGAGCAACAUCAGAUAUUGCACCACCGACUGUGUAUGGUACGUGCACUAAGAUGAAUGUGGAUGCUUCUGGUAAUGAUGCCAUUGCUAAUUUUAAUGUGACAUGGGCUUUCAAUGUGGACAGAGGUUUCCAGUAUUUCAUUCGCUUACACUUGUGCGACAUAGUGAGUACAGCUGCUAAUCAGCUGUUGUUUAAUGUUUAUGUUGAUUCCUCGAAUGCGGCUUCUGAUUUUGAUCUGAGUUCUAAAGUUCAAGGCAGAUUGGCCACUGCAUAUUACAUGGAUUUUGUUACACCACCAGCUAAUAGCAACAACCUUAGCAUUAGUAUCGGCCCAUCUUCAAAGAGUGCUUAUCCAGAUGCCUUUCUAAAUGGAUUGGAACUGUUGAAGUUGAAUAAUACUCGGGGCAGCCUUGCUGAUAUGGCCUCUGUUCCUCCGUCCACAAGCUCGGGCUCGAAAAACAAUAUCGGAGUCAUCAUUGGUGUAAGCGUAGGUGUAACACUUGCUUUGCUCAUGGUUGGUGUUUUGUUUUGCAUGCACAGAAGAAGAAAGCAGGAGCAACUUCGCUUGUCAAAGAUGUGGAUUCCUUUGUCUAUUGGCGGGGGCACGUCUCAUACUAUGGGAAGCAAAUACUCGAACGGGACAACCAUGAGUGCAGCUUCUAACUUGAGUUAUCGCAUACCUUUUGCAGCCAUGAAAGAAGCAACCAAAAACUUUGAUGAGAGUUUGGUCAUUGGGAUAGGUGGAUUUGGAAAGGUAUUCAAGGGUGUUUUAUACGAUGGUACAAAGGUAGCUGUUAAGAGGGGUAAUCCCAGCUCCCAACAAGGUCUUAGAGAGUUCCAAACUGAAAUAGAGAUGCUCUCUCAGUUUCGCCAUCGUCAUCUUGUUUCGUUGAUUGGAUACUGUGAUGAAAAAAAUGAGAUGAUUCUUGUGUAUGAGUACAUGGAAAAUGGAACCCUCAAGAGCCAUUUGUAUGGUUCAGAUAUGCCGAGUAUGAGCUGGAAACAAAGGCUGGAGAUAUGCAUUGGGGCUGCCAGAGGUCUACACUAUCUUCAUACCGGCUACGCGCAAGCAGUUAUACAUCGUGAUGUCAAAUCCGCAAACAUAUUGCUUGAUGAGAAUUUGAUGGCAAAAGUUGCUGAUUUUGGACUUUCUAAGGCAGGACCUGAGCUCGAUCAAACCCAUGUUAGCACUGCGGUGAAAGGGAGCUUUGGGUACCUAGAUCCUGAAUAUUUCAGAAGGCAACAAUUGACGGAAAAAAGUGAUGUUUACUCUUUUGGUGUUGUUCUGUUUGAGGUUCUUUGUGCUAGGCAUGUCAUUGAUCCAUCUCUUCCGAGGGAGAUGGUCAAUUUAGCUGAAUGGGCGAUGAAGUGGCAGAAGAAGGGACAACUGGAGCAAAUCAUAGAUCGGAAUCUUGCUGGAAAAAUAAGACCAGAUUCCCUCAGGAAGUUUGGAGAAACAGCAGAGAAAUGCUUGGCUGAUUAUGGCGUCGACAGGCCUUCAAUGGGUGAUGUUCUAUGGAACUUGGAGUACGCGCUUCAAUUUCAAGAGGCUGUUAUUCAAGUUGAUCCUGAAGAAAAGAGUACAAUUCUCAUAGGAGAGCUCUCUCCUCAAGUGAAUGAUUUCAGUCGUAUUGAUGCCAAUGCUUCUGCUGAGCAGUUUGAAGCGUCAAAUCUGGAGGAUCUAUCUGGAGUUUCCAUGAGCAAGGUUUUCUCACAAUUGGUUAAGUCUGAAGGAAGAUAAACAAGUGAAGAUGGUAUAUAUAUUGUGCUUUAGCUUCUCACUUUAUUCCACUUUUUGUUCAUUAAUCAUGCGAAGAUUGAAUUUUUUUUUGUCAUAGUUUGUUCUAUGAAUUGGUAAAUUUUACAGAAAAAGUCACUUCCACGUCUGGAUACU